AUGGCUCCAUCCAUUGUACAGCAAGAAGUUCCAAUUCAAUUUGAUCAUGAAAGAUUAUAUUCGUCUUCAACUAAUGAUCAAUUGAACUUUAGAAAUUCUACUCUUCUAAAAUCGACUCCAGUUGAUGCUAGACUAACUGUUGGCAAUGCUUUACUCAAUCAAGUCUCAUCUAUUGAUUGCAACUCGUGCGAUGCAGGAGAAGAAGAUUCAUUUUUUGUCGCAGAUAUUGGUGAAGUUGGUCGUGCAUAUAAGCUUUGGAAAGAUAGACUUCCAAAUGUGCAACCGUUUUAUGCAGUUAAAUGCAACACCGAUAUCGAAGUUAUUAAAAGAUUGGCAAAGUUGGGUUGCAAUUUCGAUUGUGCCUCCAAGCAAGAAUUUGAGACGGUAUUAGACUUGGGCAUUGAACCGGAAAGAAUUGUUUAUGCCAAUCCUUGUAAGACGAAUUCGUAUAUUCGUAGAGCUCGCGAAUGCAGCAUCCAGUUAACAACUGUUGAUAAUUCACACGAGUUGUUCAAGUUAGCCAAGUUCCACCCUAGUUGUGGUAUUUUGAUUAGAAUUGCCACAGAUGAUGAGACUGCUCAAUGUAGAUUAUCAACCAAAUUUGGCUGCACUUUAGACACUGCUAUGCUGGAACUUUUACCCUUGGCUCACGAAUUAGGAUUACCUGUGAAGGGAGUCGCUUUUCAUGUUGGAAGUGGAGCAACAGAUUUCACUUCGAUCUACAAGGCGAUCGGUGAUUCGAGGAAGAUCUUUGACAGAGUUUUGGAACUUGGAAUGCCUCCAUUAACCAUUUUGGACAUUGGUGGUGGAUUCCAACAGGAAUCAUUUUUAGAAUCAUCUAAAACUGUCAGCCAAUCGCUUGAAGAGUUUUUCCCACUGGAAUUUGUUAGAGAAUUUGGAAUUGAAUUUAUGGCUGAACCAGGUAGAUUCAUGGUUUCCAGAGCAUUUACAUUGGCCACUAAUGUCAUUGCUCGUAGAGACUCGGUUGGAGAUGUUCCACCUUUGCUUUACAUUAACGAUGGGGUAUACGGUAAUAUGAAUUGUAUUUUGUUUGACCACCAGGUCCCUGCUCCGCACGUAUUAUCUCACGGAAAGGAGUUCUUAUUCGAAAGAGCCGCAGUGGAAAACGGUUCCGGAUUUGAAUUUUCGAUUUGGGGUCCUACUUGUGAUGGUUUAGAUUGUGUUAGUAACAAGAGUUUGCUAUCAAGAGAUGUUCAGGUUGGUGACUGGUUAUAUUUUCCACACCUAGGUGCUUACACUUCGGCUGCUUCGACCUCAUUUAACGGGUUUAAAGGGGUAGCCAAUGUUAUUUACGUUUUUUCAUGA